AUGAGAGAUGGCCAGGAGGACCCGGAAGUGAGACACUCUCCCUAUGGUAACCGGUGGAACAAGAGGAGAGUAAAGCCGCAAAAUGAAGACGGCAUCCAUAUCAACGUGUGGAGAGAGAGAACAUCUGCGGAGAGAGAAACGGGGAAGAAGAAACAAGAUGAAACCCUGGGCAACUGGUUCAAGAUCAUAGUUCCCAGCGGCAUCAAGUACGAUAAGAGCUGGCUGAUGGAUUCACUGCGGACACAUUGCAGAGUCCCCUUCACUCCCGUGGAUUUCCACUACGUGAAAAACCAGGCCCAGUUCUUCGUCCAGGAUGCUAGGGCUGCAGCUGCACUGAAGGACAUCAGCUAUAAGAUUAGUGAUGAGGACAACAGAAAGAUAUGUAUCUUUAGCAAUAAAUCUGCUGUACCCCGCUCAGUGAAGAACAUGUUGAAGGCAGAAGAACUGGAGCACCUAGAGCUGACGAUGAACAAGCGAUACGAUGACUGCCAGCAAUCUCUAGACCUGCAGCGUCUCCGCUAUGACCCAGACUUGGUGGGCCGUGAUAUUGAUAUAAUCCUGAACCGAAGAAACUGCAUGGCUGCCACCCUGCAGAUCAUCCAAAAGACUUUCCCCCAGCUCUUGUCCCUCAAUUUGUGCAACAACAAGCUGUACCGGCUGGAUGGCCUGAGUGACAUUGUGCAGAUGGUCCCCACAGUCAAGAGGCUGAAUCUCUCCAGAAAUAUGCUGAAGUCCACGUGGGAAGUAAACAAAAUCAAAGGCCUUAAACUCGACGAACUUUGGCUGGAUGGCAACCCCUUGUGUGACACCUUCCCAGACAGGGCCACCUACGUGAGUGCCAUCCGGGCCUUUUUCCCCACGCUGUUACGCCUGGACGGCAAGGAGGUAACCCCGCAGGUUGCUGUUGACACUGGCAUCCCCAGCUUAAUAAAGCCCUGCAAGGAAAGCUAUGAAGGAUCUGAGACCCUGAAAAAUCUAGUGCUGCACUUCCUGCAGCAAUAUUUCUGGAUCUAUGACUACGGAGACCGCCAGGGUCUCCUGGGGGCUUAUCACGAGCAAGCCUGCUUCUCCCUGACUGUUCCCUUUAGCCCCGAGGACCCAGCUCCCAACAUGUGGCAGUACUUCAGAGACAGCAGGAACAUAAUAAAGCUCAAGGACCCCUACACGCGGUAUCAGCUGCUGAGACAUACAAGCCCUGAGAUUGUGAGCACCCUGUGCGUGCUGCCCCAAACUCAGCAUGACCUGGGCUCCUUCCUGGUGGACUUGUGGCCCACACGGUGA